GGGUCUGAUUCACUCCUCAAACUGUGGGUUUCUGAGAGGACAUUAAGCUAGUACAUUUGCCAUUUGGAAAGAAGUCAGAGAGUGAACACAUUUAGGUAGAAUUAAGUUUAGAUAGAUUUAGUUACAUUUCAUACACUAAAUAACACUCAUAGAUACAUACAUAUAGAUUCACACAUACACAACACAUUCAUUCAUUUAUAGAAACACACUACACAUAUAGUAGAAUAGGUUAUAGAUAGGUACAUAGAGAGUAGUUUGAGUGGUUGAAAGAGUGUCCUGUGAGUUGUGAGAGUGCAAGGUGUCUAUCUGAGCUCUACCUGUCCAGAGGAGACCCGUUCACCUACUGGGCAUCACGUCAAACUGUAUCCAAACCUCUUCAGGAUGGCCAAAAAAUAUCUCCUCAUGCCAGCAACAUCUGUGCCAUGUCUGAUCUUCUGAUGCCAACAUGCCCAAAGACAGCCAAGCCAAGAGGCUGCAAAACCGCAACGCCAUGCGACUUGCUAGAGCAGCCGAGUCAGAGGAAGCUCGAGAAGCUCGUCGAGCUCGUGAUAGGUUGCGUCAGAGACUCACUCGAGCAACCGAGUCAGACGAAGCUCGAGAAGCUCGUCGAGCUCGUCAAGCUCAUGAUUGGUUGCGUCGCAAACGAGCUCGAGCAGCUGAGUCGGACGAAACUCGAGAAGCUCGUCAAGCUCGUGACCGUUUGAGUCGCAGAUACGCUCGAGCAGCCGAGUCGGAGGAAGUGCGAGAAAUUCGUAGAGCUCGAGAUCGGUUGAAUCGUAGAUUUGCUCGAGCGACGGAGUCAGAAGAAGCUCGAUACCUUCGCCUGGCCAACAACGCUGCCUCCAAAGCCAGACGCCUUGCCGCUGAGUCCUACGAAGAACGUUACGCCCGUCUGGCUGACAACGCGGCACGGCAGGCCAGACGCCGAGCGGCCGAGUCUUACGAGGAGCGACGCGCUCGACUCGCAAGAAACGCCGCACGCCAGGCCAUGCGACGAGCUGCACGGUCAGAGGAAGCUGGAGACGCUGGACUGUCCGGAGACGCCGUCAGUCAGGAGACAUGGACAGCAGCUGACCAGUACCACCUCAACCAGUACCACCACCAACAGUCCUUCCAGCUGGAGCUGCAGGAGGAAGAUGGAGAAAAGCUCAUGCUGGUUCCCUUUCCAAAGUGUUCCCACUGCGGCGCCCUCGUCUGGAAGGCACUUCCUGUUUCUUCUGCUGAGGCAGCAGCUUCCUGUGAGACGCUGCUCUGCCACGACCACCAGUAGACCUCUGCUGCUCCAGCUGCAGGAUUCACAGGAGAACCGUCAGACCUGGAACCCGAGGAACUAAUGAGGAUGAACUGAAGCUGGGUCCUUCCGGGACUUGUUGCUGCUCAUCUCCUGACUAAACAAAGACAGUCAUAUUUCAUAUUUCAGAACCUGGACAUUCCUGAUCCUCCUGAAGCUCUGAUGGAAAUAUUUCUACAUCUGCUGCUGAUUUCUGGUUCCCCGCACAUGAAGCAUUAGAAUCACCAGAGUUCAGACUGUUCCACAAACAGUUCAGCAUCAGCUGUCAACACCUCCACUGUUCUAGAUCUAGAUUAUUAUCAGGAGGCUCCAUGUCUGUUAGAGCUCUACAUAGAACCAGGAAACUGACACACUAGAACAUCUGGAGCAGGUUGCUGGUCUCAGAUCAGCUGCAGAUGUUUCAUACAGCUGCUUUUCAGUCUGUUCUUAUUCCAGAUGUUUCAUACAGCUGCUGUUCAGUCUGUUAUUAUUCCAGAUGUUUGAUGAAGCUCUUAUUCUAGAUGUUUCAUAAAGCUGCUGUUCAGUCUGUUAUUAUUAUUCCAGAUGUUUCAUACAGCUGCUUUUCAGUCUGUUCUUAUUCCAGAUGUUUAUUGAACUUGUUCUUAUUCCAGAUGUUUAUUGAACCUUUUCUUAUUCCAGAUGUUUGAUGAACCUGUUCUUAUUCCAGAUGUUUGAUGGACCUGUUGUUAUUCCAGAUGUUUAUUGAACCUGUUGUUAUUCCAGAUGUUUAUUGAACCUGUUGUUAUUCCAGAUGUUUAUUGAAGUUGUUCUUAUUCCUGAUGUUUAUUGAAACUUUUCUUAUUCCAGAUGUUUGAUGAACCUGUUCUUAUUCCAGAUGUUUGAUGGACCUGCAGCAGGUCUGUGGGUUAAACGUGUUGAACUGAUGUCGGUUCCGUUUCUCGUUGUGUGAUUCUGUUCCACCAGUGGUGAAUAAAGUUUAAAUGUGGAACCUUCCUGUA